AUGCCCGCAGGGUUGGGGGGUUCUCUUCCAAUCCCAGCACGGAAUCCUUUCGACCCAGAUUUUCAAACGCCUUUAAUACUCGGCGAAUCAUUGGAACUAUCCGAUUCUGAAGAGUCACAGUUUGUCGGUGCAUAUCCAGACGGCCUGUGGGCCAAGUCUGAGCCAUUAUUGUCUAUGUCUGCUUUCCAGAAGCCCGCAGCCGGCGCCAUACUAGGUAGGUCAACUCGAAUCUUGUCUGGCCCUCCAGUGCUGAGACCAAACACAGAAUACGGUUCCACCCGGUCUCUGCAUGAUGCUGCCUCCUACUCGGCCUACGGUCAAUCGCCUUAUGUGACCACCCCGAUGGUCCCGUCCCCCAUGGCCGACCAGGCGAGUCAGAUCUCGGACUGUGUUCCAUACCUGCCCAACAAUGAGUACGCUAGCUCGUACGAAGAGUCCCAGUCCCCGAUGCUGGGCGCACGCCACCGCCAGCUGCCCGAGAUCGUGACUUACAGCCCCCAACGUGGCCGCGAAGGAACCCGCGUCAUGGUCCAGAUUCAAUCCCCCUAUGACCUUCACAGCUCCACCAUCGCAGCCUUGUACUUGGUAUUCGGCUCCAAGAAGUGUGAAUCUCUCCCUACUUUCCUCGGCUUCCAGGGUUCCGCCUUCUCGUACGCUCUUGCAGCUGAUGCACCUGCAUUCAUGUCCACUGGUUCCCCAUCAUUCGCUGUUCCUCUGUCCGUUUCAAUGGACACCCAGGAUGACUGUCCCGCAAUCACCCUCCAGGUCGGCGUAUACACCUAUGAGCAGGUUCCUCACCCCUCUCCACCAGGCGACAACCGGAAGAGGAAGUUGGCUUCUUACCCCGAACAGGUCGCACCCUCUGCCAAGCGUCACACCGGCCAGGUCAUUCCCAAGGUCGAGCACGAGGGCUACCACAGCCGCAAUGUUUCCGGGUCUUACUCACCCUACUUGCAGCCUCUUCCGGCUAUGUCUGGCUUCGUCGCACCUUACCACAAUGCUCCCUCCCCUCAGACCGGCUCUGCCCAUUACUCUUCCGUCACACCUCAGCCUGCUCUUCGUGUUCCCUCCCCGAUCACCCCGGCCUGGAGUCCUUCAUACCUCCCUGUGAACAAUGAUGCUCGUAACGCCAAUCUCGCCCUCUCGCAUGGCAUUUCUCAGCACAAGGGCUCUCAACGGGCCCCCUCACACCCUACCCUGAUCCGCACCUCGACUAUUCAAUCAAAUGGCAUGCCCCAUAACCCAUCCUUCAACCCUUAUGCCAUGUACCCCACCAAGGCUGUCCUCAAGUUGAAUGGUGACCUCGACUCCAUGGCACAAGGAUGGUCCAAGGAUGAGCGUGCCUCGCAACGCCGUCUGGUCCAGUUCACACGUUCGCAAACUGGCAGCACUAUUCAGGCCGACUUCAAGGCUGUUACUCCCGAGGACCGCGCCCCCAGCAGCAUUUGCAUCAGCUGUAUCUCUUGGGAAGGAAAGAAUGAAUGCUAUGUUACCAGCGUGGACACCAUCUACCUGCUUGAGUCUCUCGUGGCUGUUCGAUUCACUGUGGAGGAAAAGAACCGUAUUCGCCGCAACCUGGAGGGUUUCCGCCCUCUCACCGUCUCGAAGGCCAAGGCCGACAGCGAAGAAUUCUUCAAAGUCAUCAUGGGUUUCCCUGCCCCUAAGCCCCGCAACAUCGAAAAGGAUGUUAAGGUUUUCCCUUGGAAGGUGCUCGCUCACGCCCUCAAGAAGAUCAUUGGAAAAUACUCCGCCAGCUACUCCUCCACCGCUGGAGCCCUCCCCACCCCAAUGACCACCAACUACGCCAGCCAUGCCAGCCACGGUACAGGAUCCGACUCUGGAACUGAGGCUCACACAGCCAACUCCCCGCAGUCCAUCUCCGACACCGGGAAUUACACCAGCAUGCCUGUGCAAGCCUACCCCCAACCCGACCACUCAGCCUCCCACUCCUCGGCUCCCGACUUGCGUUCCAUGAUCCCAGUCACCCAGCCUUACACCUCUGUUGGCGGUUACUCAUAUCCAGCGAUCUGCCACCCACAGAACGCGCAUGGUCUCCCGGCACCCGCUCGACCAUGGGAAAUGCAACCAGUGGGCCCUGCGCCCGCCGCUGCCCCCAACAACGGAGCCUGCUACACUUACAUGGACCCCGUUUACUCGAUGCAUGAUACGCAUUGA